GAACUCGAAAACCCACUUGUAUUAAUUAACCAAUCUGAUUACAAAAGAUUUCCCGAUCAGUAAGUCGGAAACUAUGCUUUAAUACAAGAAAUAAGAGCAAAUGAUGCUAUUCUAGAGCUUGAGUAUCGAAAAUCUAACCCUUACAAUGACUUGAAACCUUCUAUUUAUACUAAUGGAGAGCAUGGGCUGCCUCUUGCUGAUUGGCCGUUGUUCCACCGACUUGGUCAUCCAUGCUUCCACUUGCUGAUGUCAUAGUCUGGCAUUAACUGCACCUGGCCACUUGCUGGUUGGCCGUUGUUCGAACGGGAUGUUGGUCCGUACUGAAGAUGCUGUCAAAUUGGCCCAAGUAUGAUAUAUAGCCCGAACCUCGUUCGGUAUGUUUUCUUAUUGGGCCAACCUUUAUUUGGGCCGAACCCCGUUCGGUAUGUCUCCUUACUGGACCUUUUCAUCAUGGAGUGAUGGGCCUGUUACUUGGGCCGGAUGCCUUGGGCCUUCCCGAUAUGGGUAUUGGGCCUCUAGGUCAAUAUCCCAACACAAGUCCCCCACUUCCGAUGUCUCGAAUGAAGUGAGUGCAUCAGGAAGUAUACCAAUGUCAUAAUACCCCGAAUGGCGAUCGGGGUACAGAAGUAAUCAGUUCCCCAUGCUGCGAUUUGACGGCUGCCGCUUCAUUUCCCCAUAUUCAUCAUGAUAACCGUCGUUUAGUCUUUUCAUUAGACGCGUGUCUAGCUUAAAUGCCCCUAGUGAUGUGUCGCUCUCUGAUUGGUUCUCGACACGGCGGUUUCAAGGCUAUAAAUUAGCCCUUAAUUCCUCAAUUCCGGGUUUCGACUCUGCAAUUCCUUGGCCUUCGUUGUUUUCUCUGCAAAUUUCCCCCUGCUUCCCUUGCUCAGGUAACUUCCUAACCUUGGAUUCCCCAUCUUCAUUUCUGGCUUCGAUCGAGAUGAGCUCCACAGAGCAUUCUUCUGAUUCGGAGAUGGCCUCUCAUGGGGAUGACCGUGACACCGCCAUGGUAGAUGCCAUCCCAGUUCCGUUUGCCGGUGUUUCUACCGAGACGGCGACGAAUACCAGGGCUGAGGCGGAGGACCUCCCUAGCACUUCUUCUUCCUCCAGUGAGGAUUCUGACGACACCAAGUCUGAGGACGAAUUGGCCUCUAUGGAGGCCGGACGUCCCAACGAUGUUCCUCGCCAUACUCUUGACCUAAAAUUGAUUAGGGAGAGGAGGCAAAAAUUGACCUCUCACAAUAGGGCCGAAAUUCCGGCCCUUAUCCCUGACCCGGUGGAUUUCCGUUUGCAAGCCGGGCUUCAUCCAAUGCGUCAUAGGCCCGGAAUGACCAUAGUCCACUUUGACUCAAUUAGGGCCGGCCUUAGAUUUCCGCUACACCCUUUCUUUAUUUCUUUCUUCAAUUUCUACGAAAUUGUACCGGCCCAGAUUAUGCCGAACUCUUAUCGAGCAAUGGCGGGUUUCAUUUGUCGUUGCAAAGAUGCCGGCGCCCGACCAACCUUAGAACUCUUCCACCAGUUCUUCAAAGUAGCCCCCCAACAAACCCAUGGCUAUCUGGCCACUAGUGCCCGAACGGGACACAUCCUGUUCAAAGGAAACCCAACUUCGAUCAAAGGGUGGAAAGACCGGUUUUUCUUCGUGUCCAUCCCGGACGGUCUGAUUCCCCGCAAGUGGAAUGCUUUUCCCCGCAAGACCCCUGAUCCUGUCCUGACUGAAGAAAUCUACAAUGACGUGCUCGCUGUGGAGAAGGAUAAAUGCAUGGACAUCAUGAAUUAUCUAACCCCCGAACGACUUAUAACAGCCGGGAUAGGUACUGCCCGUUCUCUUGGGUUUACUUGUUUGAUAAACCAAGUGCCUUGGUCCGGGCGGUCCUUCCCGUGCGAGAAACGUUCCUUUAUUCUUUUUUCUAGUUUCUCACACGCUAGGGCCGCUCGAUACUAACAUUGUUCUUUGCCUUUUUUCAGCACCCAACCCAGAUCUUCCCAUGGAUGAUAGCAGAGUCAUCGCAGCCGGUGGGGGCGGAAAGCGGAAAAAAUCCCGGAAGAACCCCCAACCUACUCCCACCAUUGUUCCUGCUCAGGAGGCUGCCCCUUCUCAACCGCUCCCAGAAUCUCAGCCAAUUCAGCAGGUCCACCAGGAUCAACUAGAGGCCAUGCUGCUUGAUGAUCGGUUCGGUUCUGACCAACUGCACCAAUUUUCCCAGCAUUUCGACUCCGUUCGGGGGGAAUCCUCGAAUGCUGGUGAGACACAUACCGACCACAUUACGGGUCAGGUCGAGCGGAUCUCCCUAUCCGACCCUGUUCAUGAGGUUUUAGAGAGGGCUGGAUCUACUGCGAGCCAGAUCUGGUCUACCUCCUCCUGGUUUAACAACUUUUCCCUCCCUCAGUUGCCGGUCGAGCAAUCUGAGGAAUGUUUGGCUCUGACUGCUCUGAAGGUACGUUGUCUCUUGCGCUUUGUCUUAAUUUUAUUCUCUGUCAUCAGUACUAAUUCUCGAACGGUAUUCUGUAGAUGGGCUUGUACACCCUUCAGAUGCGGGAGGCCCGCCUGGCCAAAGAGCGGGAACUGAUUGUUGCCCAGUCUUCUGCUGAGCAACAUGCUGCUGCUGCCGUCGCCUCUCUGGAGGCCGAACGGAAAACCUUUGCUGAGGAAAAGCAGAGGCUGGAUGCUGAAGUCGGUACCCUUCGGGUCCAACUCGCAGCUUCCCAGGCGAAGAUCCUUGCCGCUGAGGCAGCUCGGGUCAGAUUUGAAGAACUGCCAUCCAGUAUCCCGGACGGUCCCUACGAAGUGAACGUGGAUCUGUCCACCGUCCGGGACAUGUUUAAAUCCUCCGAUGAAUUCUCCCUCAUCAAGGAUGAACAUGCCAGGGCCCAAAUCUCGUUCGCCUUUGGGGCGUAUUUGAAGGAUUUCCCCAAAGGUGCCGGUCGGCUAUCGGCUGGGGUGGCCCUCUUGGAUAAGGACCCGGAGGCCAAGAAAUGGAACGACUCCAUUGUCUCCGAUCUUUAUGGCAAAAUUGGCCAGGUCUUGCUGCGUCCCUUCAUCAUUCAGCUCCAAAAUCAACUGGGGAGACCGGUUCAGGCCUCUGAUCUCCCCACAUAUGACAUCAUCCAGGCGCAGUUCGAGAAAUACCUGCGAGCCCAGCAACGGGAAGCUGAUCGAGCUGCGGGAAAAGAGCCUGAACCCCCAUCUGAUGAUGAUGAGGAUGAGGAUGAAGAGGGAGAUGACAUGGCCCCCAGCCAAUAAUUCAUAUGUACUUUUUCAUUACUUGUUGUAAUUUUCUUUUUCUCUAAAUAGCUUGUACUUCCCGGUCAGUAGAACCGACGAAUAUAUAUCCCUCUUUUAUCUGAAACUUUCUGUGCUGUCUUUUCUGUUUUUAAUGCAUGAUUUACUCGUCAUUCGGGAUUCGGCCUGUUCUGUAGGACUUAGCAAUUUCCUAACUUAUUCCUUUCUCAAAUUGUAAUGCCGUUGAUAGCCGUUCGGGCUUCAUACCAAAUUUUAGGACUUAGCAGUUUUCUCGGUUUUCUUUGCACUUGGACUCCUUCAUAACAUUGAUAGCCGGUCGGGCUUCAAACCAAUUUUUAGGACUUAGCCAUUCUCCUCCAGAUGACCUUUUAUAAUAUUGUCGGCCGGUCGGGCUUCGGGUUGACAUUUAGGCCUUAGCAUUUUUCUUCCAGACCCUUUUAUAAUACUGUCGGCCGGUCGGGCUUCGGGUUGACAUUUAGGCCUUAGCAUUUUUCUAAACAGCAAGCCCCUGUGGCUUUUGCUAAUCCUCUGUAAGCCUGUCCGGGGUACGUGCACAAAAAAUGAAACAUAAAUGCCCCAAUUUUAAUCGUAACCACCAAAUGCCACGUGUUGCUCAUGGAUUAGGGGGUCGUGCGGUGCUUUCCCUAUUUAUAGAGAGGUGCUUCCCCUAAUUCCUCCUGCUGUUUUCUCAUUUUUCUUUCGAGCUUUCUCUCUCUAGAAUUCCUUUUCAUACUCUCAAGCCUUUUCUCUCUAGAAUUCCCAAAUUUCCUCCAGCGGUUUUAUGUACUACUCCUCUAGCUCAGAAUCUGAAGAGAUGCCUUUGAUCCGCAAAUGCAAAACAUCCGCUGGUAACCAGGCCGAAGGCUCUUCGUCCCAAACACCCAAACCUGCCAAUACUCAGGUCAGCAAACAUACCGAACAGCCGCAGGAGGAUGGAUGCCUGUCGGGAGAUGACCUCCAGGUUUACAACAAGGGGAUGCCCGAAUGGCCACCCCGCAUUCCCCUACAUUUCAAUCGCAUACGCAAACACAAACAACGUCUCCCAGAAGAUGUUGAACGGCAACUUAGCCAGUUGUUGCCCCCACCAAGAGAAUACUAUGCCGGAUUCAUUCGGCAUCCUAUGAGGCACAGACCGGGGCACGUGCUAGUGCACCUUGAUGCCCUGACUGCUGGACUUCGGUUCCCUCUCCACUCAUUCAUAGUGGAGUUCUUACGCCGGGUUGCUGUACUGCCCGCUCAGUUCGUGCCCAGCACCUACUGUAUUCUGACAGGCUUCAUUAUCCGGUGCCACGAGUUGAGGAUCACCCCGAGCGUCGAUCUAUUUCUUUAUCAUUACUGCUAUCAGCCCUACUGGACGACUGUGUACUUGAAGCUGGUAGCCCGUUCUGACCGUCAGCUGUUCACAGAGAACGUUACCCCGCAGGCUGACUGGGAAGAGCGGUUUUUGUUCGUUCGGGUAGGUGAUUCUUUGCCAUUCCCGGACCGGUGGAACGCUUAUCCCGUCCGGGAUUCCCUGCCCAGGGUGGAUGCCGUUCUACGCUCCCAGGCUGAGUCUCUGUGAAUGGGAGGGACCAGAAGUCUUCGCAGCUUUGUCACUGCCUCGAGCAUGUUAUCUGCUGGAAUUGGUAAGCAUAGUAGGGUUUUAACCCGAUCAUCCUUCGCUCUCGCAAUUCAACUUUCUUAUUUUUUAUUUCUCUUUCUUGUAGGUGUGAUCUCUCCCAUACCCGUCCGGCGUUCCAUCUCCUCUGCUAAAGGGAAAGAGAAGAUGAUAUCCGAUCGUGAUUCGGCGGAGCAAACCCGAAAAAAGCGCAAAGGAAAUGAUGGCGAUCAUCUGAUCCCGAUCGACCAUGUGGUUGACUUGACCGGGCCGGAGGUUGAGCCCAAAAGAUCAGUACCUGCCAACAAACCAACUCCGGUUCUUACUGCCACACCGAUCGAUGAUCGGAUGUUUGUUGAGUUCUCAAAUAUGGGGCCCAGAUCGGAAGGGAGGUAUCUGUUCGGGUUGAUGCCAUCUUCUAUGUGGUGUCAUACCGCGAUCAAAGUUCCCCCGAGCUUCACUAACUUGACUCACUGGUCGGACCUUUUCGAAGCAGGUCACCAGGAAGCACUCAAGGUACAUUUCAGUCUGACCCAUACCUUUCUAUUACUCAUGCUUUACCUUUUCUGACUUUCAUUGUAACCUUGUUUUCAGGCUGGCGUGUACUAUCACAAAGCCUUUCUCGCUGCUCAGAAGGAGAUGAAAGCCCUGGCCAGUUAUCGGGAUGACGGCCAGGUCCUUCUUUCUGCCGCUCGGAAGUUAGCGACCGACCUCCAGGAGCAGGCCAAAGAGGGUGAGAAAGCAAAAGCUGCCCUGGCCGAGAUGCAGGAGACGUCCCGUCGUCGCGACCGGGAGCUCAAAGAACUCCGGGCCAAGGUGCGGGCUGCUGAAUCUGCUGGCAUUAAAUUUGAUAAGGCUGUCAGAGAUCAUCUGCCCGAACCCUACACGGUCAAUACCUCUCAGAUUGCUCAGCAAUCGGUAGUGGAUUUCCAACGGGGCAAGGCGCUGAACCUCGCUCUGGAGAAUACGGCCCGGCAAUUCCUAGGUCCUCACCUUGGCCAAUUUUUGCGUGAGAGCUCAGAUCCCAUCAAGGCAGGGAUCGACCUCCUGGACAGCACGCCGGAAGGGAAAUCUUUCUUGGAUGUCCUGACCGAGAAAACCGUCAAGCAAAGUCAGGACCUGCUUCUGGAUAGGAAUCUUGAACUGAUCUUAGAGCGUUUCCCCAAGCCGUUCGAUCCUGAUGAACUAGGCUUCGAUGAUCUGUUCGGGAAUACGUAUGAUCGCGUCAUGGAGAAAAGAUCCAAAGCAGCGCCUGACGAUGCAGUGCAGGCAGGGAGCUCUCAGCCUACAUCCUCCCCGAAUGGCGAUCAUCCAUUAGUAUAGCCUUUCCUUAUCUGUUGUCUCCUUUCUUGUAUAUUUGUUUUUGUAUAUUCCGGCUAGUAACGCCGAAGAAUAAACUGGACAUUUUUCCUUUGUCUGUUGCACUUUUUGUAUUCCUUUGAUUUUGUCCACAAUCUUUUCUACAUGGCCGAACCUCACUCGGCUUAUGUAUCUUUAUAUCUGACACCUUUUCCGAACCCGUUUUGAUCCCUUUUCCUGUUCGUGAUGCACGGGUUCAAAACUCUUAGCUGAGGUGAAUUCCUCCAAGCCGUUUUGAUCGUGACCACAGGGUCAAACUCUCGGCUGGGAUAGGGGCUCCCUCCAAACUGUUAACACGUUCGACAUUCGGUCAUCCGGAAUGACUUCACGUGUUAACAAGCUGAGGUGAGACUCUCUUCAUAAUUGUUCUGACACCUUCCCGAACCCGUUUUGAUCUCUUUUCUUGUUCGUGACGCACGGGUUCAAAACUCUUAGCUGAGGUGAAUUCCUCCAAGCCGUUUUGAUCGUGACCACAGGGUCAAACUCU